AGCCCGGCCUGAUUGUGAGCUGCUUCACUCUCCCCUCGUCCUUCCCCAUUCAGUCUCUUUCCAUUUCCUUCCUCUCUUCUUCCUCUUCCAGGAUUCCGAUCCCCGAGUUUAAUCGUGUAGCGUGUUUGUGCAGUGAUAAAGGUGUGGGUUUUGAGCGCUGAACAAUUCAGACAUAAACUUUGCUCUUACAUCCGUAUUGCUUUGCUUCUGCUUUUCAUGGGUAAAGAGGGAGACGCGGUGCCGAUAGAGAAGGAAGAACACCCAGGAAUCUGUAUACGAGUCCACACUCCACAGCACUGUCCAAAUUGGUGCUGUUUAGGACGAGGGAUUUCCUUUUCAAUGGCUCCUUUUAAGUGAACCCCCACCCCCUCCUUUGUCUUCAGCUUUUUCCUGAGAUCUAUAAAGAUCCACUUAAUACUUUAAUUAACCCACAGUAGAAAGAAAAGAGGAUCUCAAAAAACCCCUAAGAUCUAAGAAGAUUUCCGCUGAGUUAUUCAUAUUUCGUCCAGUGACCAUGAAGCGACUUGGCAGCUCGGAUUCUUUGGGUGCUCUCCUGCCCAUCACAGAAGAACACGGUCCGAGGAACAACAAUCGCGCGUACAGAAGGGAGUUCCAAUCCAUGUUGGACGGGCUGGACGAAGAAGGGUGCGUGGAAGAAUUAGGCCUCCCGACGGAGAAGAAACGCCGUCUGAGCGUGGAUCAAGUGAAGGCCUUAGAGAAGAACUUCGAAGUAGAGAACAAGCUCGAACCAGAGAGAAAGGUGAAGCUUGCCCAGGAACUCGGAUUGCAGCCCAGACAAGUGGCCGUGUGGUUCCAAAAUCGUCGAGCCAGAUGGAAAACCAAGCAAUUAGAGAGAGACUUCGGCGUCCUCAAAACCAAUUAUGAAGCUCUCAAACUUAAAUACGAUGCCCUCCAUCAAGACAAUGAAGCCAUGCUCAGAGAGAUUGAGGAUUUGAAAUCUAGAUUGCAAGAUGAAGAGAAGAGUGAAGAUGUGUCGUUGAAUGGAGAGAUAAAGCAACCUAAGUCGGAGGAGAAAUUAAUGGGAGUGGAUGUGGAACCUCCUGAAACUGCCAUUCCGGAAGUGGAGUCAGAAGACUUGAAUUACGAGUGUUUCAGCGGAAACGCAGUCGUAGGAGGCGGCUCCCUCUGCCCCGCGGACUUUAACAAAGACGGCGCUUCAGACAGCGACUCAAGCGCAAUCUUGAACGAAGAUGGCUCUUGCUCCUUGAAAUUCAACUGUUCUUUGUCGUCCUUUCAGUUCCAGAAAACGUGCCAGACUCAGACUCAAUAUGUGAAGACGGAAGAGCACAACUUCUUCAGCACAGACGAGGCCUGCAAUUUCUUCUCGGACGAUCAGGCCCCGACCCUCCAGUGGUACUGGAGUUAAAAGCGAUCAUGGACCGAAGCGAUUAUUAUUAUUAAUGUUGUCAUCGAAUUAAAAGGGCGGGGGGUUUGUAUCUAAAGCGAUGAAGAGAUCGAUAGCUCUAGAAUUUCGCAAAAACGGAACGGAAUGCAGGAGAUGGAGGUGCUUGAAGGUGAGAUGAGAAGGAUUGUGAAGGGAGAGAGAAGCAUGGGAGUGGGGCCAGAUGUGAAAUGCUGACGACAGAGGUUAAUUAUGAUCUCCAAGCCGUGCGGGUGGGGUUGCUAUAUGAAUAAUGAAUAAUCAUUAGCUCGUAAUUAAAUCCAUCUAUGCUGUAAAAAAAUCUUUCCAAGUAAUUCCUGUUCUUAUGGAUCAAUAAUUAUGAUGGCCUUAAUUUCUAGUC